AUAUUGACCCCGGUCAUAGGAGGAAAUGCAACCUUCACUGAAGCCCCAAUGGUAGACCCAUCCUAGUAAUACAUUUAGCUCCAACUUUCCUCCACUUUCAAUCCAACACUCGAUCAUACCCCAGCCCAAACACCACCCCUUACCCUACUUCUGACCUCAGUUGAAAACCCAGGCCCAAUUCCAUUCCUAGUCCUACUCCCUGGCUCAUCCUCAACCUGAGCUUCUUCUUUUACCUCAACUCCAGCACUGACCUCAGCUCCCAUCUUGUCCCAGUCUCCUCAGUCUCCCACUACUCAGCUCCAGCCUGGUCUCUGGCCCUGCUUCCAUUUCAGCUUUGACAGUCUUGCAGGGGGUACAACCAAGUCAAUGAAGUAUGAAGACCUCCAGUCCUUGGAGAGUGAGAAGAAUACCCACAGGAUUAGAAAUGGGCUGCCUGUGUCCCAGGUCUUCCUACAGCAUCUCUGCUCUGGACCCCACCUCUUCCUGCUCUUCCUGGGCCUCAGCCUCCUCCUGCUGGUCAGCAUCUGUGUGGUUGGAUCCAAAGGUUCCAAGAUUCAGAGGGACCUGGAGACUCUGAGAGCAACUUACAGCAACUUCACUUCAAACACUGAGGCAGAGGUCCAGGCACUGCAUGUCCAGGGUGGCUGCUUGCAAGAAACAAUAACAUCUCUGAAAGCAGUGGUAGAAAACCAGGGGCAGCAGCUGCAAGCAGCCCGCAGCUUGAAUGACAAGGCGUUGUCUCAAGAGCAGCAGGAACUCAAAGCAGGCUAUUCUGAUAUGGUUGUGCAAGUCCAGGAACUGGCCAGAGACCUGAACUCCCUAAGUUGCCAGAUGGCUGUGCUCAAGAGCAAUGGCUCCCAGAAGACCUGCUGCCCCGUUAACUGGCUGGAGCAUGAAGGCAGCUGCUACUGGUUCUCCAGUACUGGGACGCCCUAGCCUGAAGCUGAGAAUUACUGCCAGAUGGCAAAUGCACAC